CCUUUCUUGUCAGGAAUGAUAAGAAUCAGGAUUUUUUUAAAACCGCGACACAUAAACAAUAUAGAUGCAAAACAUAAACAAUGGUACCACUGUCGUUCACAGGAAUCAGCUGACCAGGAUGAGAAGGAAGUUGUUAUUACUGAAAAUGAAGCUGAGCCCGCUAACUCCAAGGCUCACGAUGGAGGGGAGGUGGUUGCCAAAGAUGUUCCUGUGGUCCACACAGAGACGAAAACCAUAACCUACGAGUCCGCUGAGGCUGACACGAAUGGAGACGCAGACCCCGGGGUGCUGCUGAGCGCUCAGACCAUCACCUCAGAAACCACCAGCACCACCACAACCACGCACAUCACAAAGACGGUGAAAGGCGGCAUCUCAGAGACUCGAAUCGAGAAGAGGAUCGUCAUCACCGGAGAUGCAGACAUCGACCAUGACGAGGCUCUGGCUCAGGCCAUAAAGGAAGCUAAAGAGCAGCAUCCUGACAUGUCAGUGACCAAAGUAGUGGUACAUAAAGAGACAGAGAUCACGCCAGAGGAGGGGGAGGACUGACCCAGGAAUAACUGAGGGCUACUUCCUGCGACAUCCACUACUCCACGACGUAUCGCCUGGACCCUCAGAAGGCUCCUCCUCCUCCUCCUCCACGGACGCUGCAGCCCGCCGCUCCGCUCGUAAAACCUCGUCUGCAACAAAAACCAGUGAACACCCCUCUGCAUGAGAAGGACGCCAAGUUGCAUCAUCAACCCAAAUUGGCCCGUCUGAUUUGUAAUUUUUUAUUUUAAUGAUUUUUUUUUUUUUUUUUUUAUUUCAACGGUCCUCGAUUCGUCUGCACGCCCAAUCCCCGCGUGCGGCAAAGCAAACCUGCCUUUUACUGCCUUAUUGCGACUUUAAUGCAUUUUUACGAUUGCUGAGGAUAAUUACUGUAGCAGCAUUUUAUUUAUGAAAUAAAGCCAUCACUCCAGAAACUUGUAAUUGCUGUAGGCUGUACACGCUAGAGCGCAAAACACUAUUUAACCUCGAUGUAGAAGAAAACCGAGCACUGCUUCACUCCCACAGAAUGAUUUUUCCACCCGGUGCACCACUACAGACGUCGCUCCAGCUCUGCACUGUGUACAUAUCAAAGCCUCUAGAGGAAAGCAAGCUUGUAACGAUUGAUUUUUUUUGUGUCGUGUCUGUUUUGAAUUGAAUCCAUUUCACUUUUAUUGUGAUUUUUACCCUUCUUUUGUGACGUUUUCGUCCCACAACAAGCUUUAUUUUUUUUUGGCAGAAGCCGAGGAAUCAAAAUGAAAAAACACAAAGGACGUUUGACGUGCCUGUGCAGGCUUUGAAUGUUUUCCAGGGCGGGACGGUCGGCCGCGGCACAAGCUCUGCGUCUGCGCGACCGCGGGGCAAAGGGCUCAGACGGCCGAGCUCCGCCCAAAAGAGAUGCAAAGCCGAGAGAAAUCAGCUAUCCUCCCUGGACAGCCGCCUCCAUGUCAGCUGUAUGCCUCCUCUGUCUGUCUGUCUGGGUGUCUCUGAAAGGUGUACAGCCCUGUGUUCCACCAGAGUGGAGAAGUAAAAAAGUGACGGAUGCAUUUUUGUUCCUAAUUUGCAGUUUAUCCCUAAAUUAAUAAAGUGACCACAGUACAACA